CGGAAACCCUCCUGCAGCUUGUUGUUGUCGCAGCUCAGCUGAUUUUUGUCCUGGACCGUGAAACACAGACUCUCACACGGUAAAGGACGGUACCGGACGGUAACACAGCUGCUUCUUCUCGGUACUUAGUUGUUGUGUUGUCGCCACCAUGAACGUGACGCUCGCGGUGAAGCAGUACAUCUCUAAGAUGGUGGAGAGCAGCGGGCCCGGGAUGAAGGUGCUGCUGAUGGACAGAGAGACGACCAGCAUAGUGAGUGUGGUGUACACUCAGUCUGAGAUCCUGCAGAAGGAGGUUUACCUCUUUGAGCGGAUCGACUCUCAGAACAGAGACAGCAUGAAACACCUGAAGGCCAUCUGCUUCCUCAGACCCACCAAGGAGAACGUAGAACAUCUGAUCCAAGAGCUGAGGAGACCAAAGUACAGCGUCUACUUCAUCUACUUCAGUAAUGUCAUCAGUAAGAGUGAGAUCAAAGCUCUGGCUGAAGCUGAUGAACAGGAAGUGGUGGCUGAAGUCCAGGAGUUUUAUGGAGAUUUCAUCGCGGUGAAUCCUCACCUGUUCUCUCUCAACUUACAUGGAGUGGCCAGGGGCCGGAGCUGGGAGCCCUCCAUGUUGUCUCGCUGCACUCAGGGUCUGACCUCUGUCCUCCUCGCUCUGAAGAAGUGUCCAAUGAUCCGCUACCAGCUGUCCUCGGACAUGUCCAAGCGCCUGGCCGAGAGCGUCAAGCAAAUCAUCACCAAGGAGUACGAGCUGUUUGACUUCAGGAAGACCGAGGUUCCUCCUCUGCUGCUGAUCCUCGACCGCAGCGACGAUGCCAUCACACCUCUGCUCAACCAGUGGACCUACCAGGCCAUGGUCCACGAGCUGCUGGGUCUGAACAACAACAGGAUCGACCUGUCCAGGGUCCCGGGGAUCAACAAAGACCUGAGAGAAGUGGUCCUGUCUGCGGAGAACGACGAGUUCUACGCCAACAACCUGUACCUGAACUUUGGAGAGAUCGGCACCAACAUAAAGAACCUGAUGGAGGAUUUCCAGAGGAAGAGACCCAAAGGACAACAGAGGCUGGAGUCCAUCUCUGACAUGAAGGCCUUUGUAGACAACUACCCUCAGUUUAAAAAGAUGUCGGGCACCGUGUCCAAACACGUGACAGUGGUGGGGGAGCUGUCUCGGCUGGUGUCGGAGCGUCAGCUGAUGGAGGUCUCGGAGGUGGAGCAGGAGCUGGCCUGUCAGAACGACCACUCCAAUGCCCAGCAGAGUGUACGUCGUCUGCUGCAGAACCCUCGUCUCUCAGAGCUGGACGCCGUCCGCCUCGUCAUGCUGUACGCUCUGAGAUACGAGCGACACAGCAGCAGCAUCCUGCCGUCAUUGAUGGACGAGCUGAGCAGGAGAGGAGUGUCUGAACGACACCGCAGGAUGGUUCAGUCUGUGGUGGAGUAUGGAGGGAAGAGAGUCAGAGGAAGUGACCUCAUCACGCCGACAGACGCCGUCGCAAUCACCAAACAGUUCUUCAAAGGACUCAAGGGUGUGGAGAACGUGUACACUCAGCAUCAGCCUCUGCUUCAUGACACUCUGGAUCAGCUGAUUAAAGGUCGACUCAAAGACAGUCAGUUUCCAUACCUGGGAGCCAGCAGCCUCCGAGACAGGCCUCAGGACAUUAUUGUCUUUGUGAUUGGUGGAGCCACGUAUGAAGAAGCUCUGACUGUUUACAACCUGAACCGCAGCACACCUGGAGUCCGCAUCGUCCUGGGAGGAAGCAGUAUCCACAACACUAAGAGUUUCCUGGAGGAAGUAACGUUGACAACUGGACACGGUGGCGACAGACCACAUGGAAGUGGUCGUCAUGGCAGCAGACGCUGAACACACAUAAACGGACUCCUGACGAGCUCGUUGGAUAAAAAAACAACAUUCCCAACAUUUAGUGUCCAUGUUUGUUUUUAUUUAAAGACACUCACGUGAUGGGUCAGAAUAUUAGGAACACCUCUGGAUCUAACACAGUCCAUUACAACACCAUCAGUGAUAAAACACACAACUGAACGUUAGAGGCUUCAGAACAGGAGACUGUGUCAGACUGUGCAGGUGUACCUAAUAAAGUGGACACUGAAAACAGGAAGUGACAUCAUGGACCCAGUGAACCUGCUCAGUUUAGUUUGUUCGACCAGUGAAAUCUGUCUCCACCAUUCAGUGACUUGUUGUUUUCUUGUUUGUUGAUUGAAUGUCCCUUUAAAGUGUCUGUGAAUGUUUUAACUUCAAAACACCAAUAAAUCAGAAACCUGACAGAUCAGCAUCAUGAGGUCAUUUAAAGCUGCAGGUCCUGGUCUCUGGGUUUCAUCAGCUCAGACUCAAGUCUGACACGUUCCUGCUGGUGUGACACAUGCUAACAGGCUAACAGGCUAACACCCCCCCUGCAGCUGGAGGAAACAUCUGUCCAGGUGAGUAGAGAUGAGGUGCAGAUCUCUCAGCCAGGUGGAGAGAUUUACCUGCUCAGUCUGAGCAAUCCAAACCUCAGGAGGUGGUUUAUGACCUCAUGUGGACAGUGAGGUCCAGACCAGGUACUGGUUCACCUCUGGUCUGGACGUGGUUCAGACUCUGGUGGAACAGCUGCUGAUCAUGAUGAGUCUGUUAAACACCUUAAACCAGAAACAGGUUUAAUUCAUUAACUGUUCAUUUAAUUAACAGUUUAAUGGGUCUGAGACGCUGAUUUGUCUCAUCACAGAACAAACCUGUGGAAUAAACUUCACAUUAAUCCUCAUUAUUGAUUCGUCUACUGAUUAUUUUUACUAGAUCAAUCAUCUGAUCAUCAGAGUAAGUCUGUACUGACGUCUGUCCAAACCCAGAAUCCUCAGUUCAAUAUGAGAUGAACAAGAAGCUGCAGCCAUCAACUGUUCAAUAACAUGAUUCAUUCAUUAUCAGAAUAACUGCUGAUCCACUAUCUGCCAAUCAACUAAUCAAUCAAUCCACUCAUUGCUGCAGAUUCUAAUGUUUUAUGUUUUAAUAUUUAGUUUGACAAUUUU